AUGUCUACCAAAUUCAAACAUCUGUACCAUUCAUCUAAUCAAAGUGGUCUGGGUGUUUGCAAUAACACAGUUAUAAAGGAUGAGACAAUCAAUGAGAGGUUUAAAGAUCUGACUGAACAUUAUAACUGGUCUAACCAAAGUGACCCAGGCAAUAGAAUUGUGGACUCAAUUCAAUGUCUAUACAACUGCUGCGGAACUUAUUCUUAUAGAAGUUGGGAUGACAUGAGACCUGAUAUAGAC